CUGUUCGCAGUUUCCCGUGUCCUUGCUGUGUGAGGAGCCGUCAGAGCUGAAAUGUUCCAGAAGUCUCUGUGGAUCUGGAUUGCAUAAAUGUUCGAUCUUUGCAGUUCGUGGUGUGUUUACAGCAUGCGUGAUGGACCAUAUGUGUUUGUAUAUGUGAGCUCAAGAAGCAUAGGACUUAUGAGCAGGUCUGGGCCUGCUCAUGUGGUAGUGGAAAGACACUAAUCCCCCAGUCCUGAGGGAGAGAGAGAGAGAAGAGAGAGAGAGAGAGAGAGAGAGAGAGAGAGAGAGAGAGAGAGAGAGAGAGAGAGAGAGAGAGAGCAGGUAAUACAACAAUGCAGACUAGAGAAGUUGCUGGGUUUUGAACACAACCUUCUAGCAACUAGAACCAAACCACUGCGUUAAAAGUAGUUGUACCAAAAUACAUAACACUUGUGUUUGAAGUAAUUUAUAUAUAAAACAAGCCCUGAUAUACUAAAAGUUAGCAUUUGUAAAAAACAAAAAACAAAAAACAAAAAAAACCCUGCAUCUUUCACAUAAAAAUAUUCAAAGUAGCAUGUCUUAUUAUUAAUGCAACUGUAGGGCAAGUAUUAAAUUUGUAGAAGCUAUAAAACUCACAGCUCUCAGCCCAUCAUUUUUUUUUUUAUUAAACUCAUGUAAUUUAAAACUCAUGUCUACCUCUUUUAUAUUGUGUUCAUAUUUUAUUUUUGAAAAGUUGUUUUAUGUGUUUCACCAACUUUAAUCUCAGAUUCAGUUUUACUCUUCUAGGAGUCUGUUUGAUAUCUGAGUGCACCUUGUCUAAAAAAAGUAGAUGCAAUAAGCUCAUUUGAGUAUUCUUUCCUUCCACUAUUUAUGACAUAAUUUGCACAAUUUUUAUUUGCAUAUAUGUACCAUAUUAAAAAAUUUGCACCUACAAAUUAAUUUUCAGUAGUGGUUCCAUUUAGCCUUUGUGAGUCUUAAAAACAAUUUCAGGAAAUUCAGAUGCAACUUCCUGUUGACCAAAUACUUCAGAGAAGUGAAUCUGUUCUUACAACAUUUUUCAUAACCUAUAAUGGAUGAGAGAUUGAAAAGGAUGUUUCAAGCAUGAGAUGUUAAAUGGAUUCUCACAUUAAUGUAAAAACAAUACAAUUUGUGAAGCAUUUUAAUGAAAAGUUUUAGGUAAUAUCAUGAUCCAUCCAGAAGCCAGUGCAUUUUCCUGUGUUUCACUGUUUUUCCCCUUCCCCAUGUUUCCAGUUUUUUUCUCUCCCUUGUGUUUCUGUUAGUGUGUGUGUGUGUGUGUGUAUCUCUGGGCCUGGCACUCCACCUCUCGGGCAGCCUGAUUGAAUCAUUUGCUCACCUGCUUCUCAUCAGCUCAUCAAUCAGCAGUGUAUAUAAACCCCAGUUCUUCAGCUCUUAGCCUGAUUGUUCCAGCUUCAGUGUGGUCCACUACUCAUGCGACUGCCUGCUCUCCCUCGGCUCACUUCCUGCUAUUCCCAGCUCCAUCUGUCUCCUCCGUGAGCCCUCGACUCUCACGCGGCGGACCUGAGUUCGAAUCCCACUCUCGACUACACAUUUCCACACUCCUUUCUCACAUACUCCAGCCUCCAGUUCACAUUAAUGAAUCUCGUUAACCUUCAGCCAUCAUGUCUGCAUUCUGCCUUUGGGUUCCCCAGUCUGUGUGAGCGUAAGAGAACAAUCUGGCCACCAUGGACCCAGAAGACCAGCCUCCUCACCAUUAGCUGUGUCCCUUCAAGUUGCGCUCCUGGGCCAGCAUAAGCAACAACUUUGUGCACUCACCGAGACCCACCAAGCCAUGGCACACAAGGUUGGGCUUCUCAUUGAGCUACUCUAUCAUGUCCUUCCAACUGACCCAGAUGUUUACGGGCCCCCGACCCAGUCAGACUAAUCUGGGGACCCUUCCUGCUCCCUCUCCCAGUCCACCAUUGCAUGAGGCACAUGUCCCAGACCCAGAACCAUAUGCCGGCAACUUAGUGAGGUGCAAACCCUUCCUCCUUCAGUGUUCCGUUGUGUUUGGCCAGCAUCCCCUUACCUAUGCCACAGAAGAAGCCAAGGUGGCCUAUAUCAUGGGGCUUCCUAGAGGGGAUGCCCUAGCCUGUGCCCUUCCUAGAGGGGAUGCCCUAGCCUGGGCCACCACGGUGUGGGACCCGCAGCCAGCUCUAGGAUCCUCCAUCUCCUCCUUCACUGACAAGCUUUGGAGGGUCUUCAAUCACCCUGUCCAAGGGAGGUCCAGUAGAGCACCUCCAACCGCAAGCCCUCCGGACCUCUCAUCUGUAACGUCCGAAUAUCAUGACUUGGCAAGGUCUGGGCCCUCUCGCUAUCACCUCACCAGCCAUAUGACUGCACCAUUGAUCUCCUUCCUGGGGCCACUCUGCAAUCCGGGCGGCUGUAUAAUCUGUCUCACCCUGAGAGGGAGGCCAUGGAGAAAUACGUCUUGGAGUCCUUCGCUGCUGGCAUCUUCUGACCUUCCUCCUCCCUCCUGGGUGCUGGCUUCUUCUUUGUGGCCAAGAAGGAAAAGACCCUCUACCUAUCAACUAUCGGGCCCUCAACAACAUCACUAUUAAUAAUAAGUACCCCCUGCCGCUCAUCAAC